AUCUUAUCAAGUAUGUACACACGAUAAAAUUAAUCAUGAACACCUCGGGGCCUCACCUUCACCUACGUAUUCAUUCCCUUGCAUCGCAUCACAAGCUACACACAUCCACAAAUUCCCAUUGCAGAAACCAUUAAAAAAAGUCGUGUUAAAGAAUGCGGCAUAUUUUGACGAUCUCACGUGGCAUGGUCCUCAUUGGGAUCUGCUUCAUAAUCCUGUCACCUGUGGGAUCCUUGUGCGACAUAAUCGUUUGGGAUGAGGCCGACGACAGCUUGGAACUCAAGGUUGCCAAUGUUUUCUUGGAGUAUCGGAAAAAUCAAAUUUUCAACGACGCGAUAUACCUUUCCGAGCUGGCUGAUGAAGCUGGCUCGAACGGUUGUGACCUGAAAAUCCCUCGCCCACCAAACAUCAUCUCGCUAGCUGACACCCGACCCAGCUGGAUCUUAAUGAUCUUCAUGAACGCAAAGGUGGACGACUGUGAAACUCAUGAAAAGAUUUUAAACGUACAGAAAGCGGGGUAUGCGGGGCUAAUCCUAGUCUCCGAAUCCAGCUACACGGACGUAGAACUACUCCGGCUGAAUACAAAUUUCCAAUCAAAGUUUGACAUCAACGUGUCCUUUAUCCGAAAAAUUGAUGGGAUCAAUUUGCGGCAAUUUGUAGUCAAAACGAGACAUUCGAAACGGUUUACAUUAACAAUUAGAGGAGAACUUCCCAAAUCUACGACGACGAGGGCGACAACGACGACCCCAAAGCCAAUUAUUAUGCCACCUAAACCCCGGAUUAUUCCACCGACGAAACCAGGACAGGAUGCCGUUAAGGGAAAUCUGUUGUACGCAGGGCUUUUAUUCACCCUCGUGCCAGCCUUAUACUUUGCUUAUUUGGUCGUUUCCAAGGGGAGAAUUCAGGAAUUGAUGCUUAUUUCGGGCGCGGUCGGAAUUGGAUUUAUUUUUUACGCAUAUUCUAUAAGAAUCCAGGACAUUAGCGAGAGUGAAUUAUAACUCAGAGAAUAAAUGUUCACAUAAUACACUUAUCUAAUUUAUCUUAUCCCCGAGACGGGAAGUGAAUCACUCUUUCAUACACGUACAUAACUGACUUCAAUGGAAAAAUAAGAGUCAGACUGUGAGCUCGUGCAGUUGACUUAAUUGUAAUGGACUCGUGAUUUAGAUAAGAAACGUUCCGAGCACUGGUAAUCUGUGCAAAGCGAUGCCGAGAUAACACCCAACAGCGUAGAUGAUGAUUACAAUAUUUAACGAGUUGCGAAUUUUUUACACCAUAAUUCAUUUGAGUUAGUUAAGCACUCCAGUCUAUCCUUGGUGAACGAGAUAAAUUUUAAUUAAGUAAAAGCAAGUCAAUUUGAAAGGGACUUAAAUCCCGUGUGAAAAUGGUGUAGCGAAAAUUAGCUGGAUUUUAUGCAUAAAAUUUUAUGCGUAUUUCAGCACGAUUUUUAUAAUUUGUGCAUAAUUCUGGAAAGUAUUUUCCGUAGAAGAGUUGUGCAUAAAGUUUAAGGAAGUGAUGGUGUGGGUAAUUCUGCAGAAUUCCGAAUUGGUUUAUGUAGAAAAUCCAGCCAAUUUUCGCACAGGUUUACUAAAGCGGGUUUUUCCAAUAUCAAACCAGGACCGACGCGCUAUACUAUAUUGACGCUCUAAUAUGGAGGGGAUCUAUAAAACGUUAAUGCUACUCGUAACAGCAGCAGCAGUUUCAUCAUCCCGAGUCAAAUUUGAUCUCCCGCCAGGCACCCCCGUCAUUGGGAUUGAUUUGGGAACUACCUACUCCUGUGUCGCCAUUUCAAUCAAUGGCCGUCGCGAGGUGAUCGCAAAUUCUCAAGGAAAUCGGAUAACUCCAUCGUACGUGGCAUUCACCCCAGAUGGUCACCGCUUAAUUGGUGACGCGGCAAAAAGUCAGGUCACGACAAAUCCAAAAAAUACCGUUUUUGACACGAAACGGAUCAUCGGACGGAGAUGGAGCGAUCGAAUUCUUCAGGCGGAAAUUAAAAAUUUCCCCUUCAACGUUAUCGAAAUGGAGGGAAAGCCAUUCAUUGAGCUCCGCACAAAACCGGGGACCACGCAAUUCUUCUCGCCCGAAGAGAUCUCCGCCAUGAUCCUGGCCUACAUGCGGGAGACUGCCGAGUCCUACUUGGGUGUCAAUGUGACCCACGCUGUCGUAACGGUUCCCGCCUAUUUCAACAAUGCCCAACGACAAGCAACCCGAGAUGCCGCUGAAAUUGCUGGACUACACGUAAUGAAAAUAAUAAAUGAACCCACAUCCGCCGCCAUGGCGUACUGGGACCGAACAACAUUCGACCAAAAUCAACGUGUCCUUGUCUACGACCUCGGUGGUGGAACUUUAGACGUGACUAUACUCGAUAUCGACAAAGAAGGCUUCAUGGUGACGGCAACAAAUGGGAAUGCGCACCUCGGUGGAGAAGAUUUUGAAAGGAAUGUCGUCUCCUACUUCGUUUCAAGACUGAAGAAAAAGAUAAAUGUCGAUAUCUCCCAAAAUGACGGAGCCCUGCAAAAACUUCGAAGAGAGGUCGAGCGUGUAAAACGAGUUCUAUCGAAAAUUACCCUUGCAACCGUCGAAGUUGAGAAUUUUCUGAAUGGCCAAGAUUUCUCGGAAACAUUGACACGAGCCAAAUUUGAAGAUUUAAAUUACGACUUGUUCAAAGAAACUCUACUCUCGAUUGACCGUGUCCUCGAAGAUAAAGGGCUGAGCAGUGGAGACAUCGACAAACUCAUUCUGGUCGGUGGAUCCACCAGAAUUCCAAAAAUUCGACAAAUGGUCCAAGACUAUGUUAGACUAGAAGCUGUCUCUGCCACAGCGGUGAAUCCCGAUGAAGCCGUUGCCAUCGGUGCGGCUGUUCAGGCCGGAAUUUUGGCGGGUCAUCUCGACAUCGUGGACGCGGACGUGUUGCCAUUCACCCUCGGUCUGGGGAUAAAGGAUGACCAAAUGUCUGUACUUUUAGAGAGAAAUACGCCUAUUCCAGCCUCAAGGACAAAGGGGUUUACGACCAUUAAGGAUAAUCAAGAGGUGGUUGAAUUCCCCGUGUACGAGGGAGAACGCCCGUUCGCCUCGGACAAUAAUUUCCUCGGGAGCUUUGAACUUGGCGGGAUUCUCCCAGCCCCAAAAGACGUUCCCGACAUCCAAGUCACGUUUUCUGUAAAUUCUGACGGGAUUUUGGUUGUUCGCGCAAAGGACGUGGCAACCGGGAAUGUGAAUGCUAUCACGAUUAAGAACGAUCAUGGUGGCAUGAGUCCGGGAGAGAUUAAGCGGAAAAUCCGGGAGGCGAAAGACUUUGCCCGGGAAGACGAAAGGGUGAGGGAAGCUUUUGCCGCGAAGGAUGACUUGGAGAGGGUUCUGGUUCGGGGGAAAAAUCUGCUCUUACUAAAGUAUCGGAAUACCGUCGCUAUAACUGAUGAGAUUGAGCAGUGGUUCGCCGGUCAGGAUACCCUUCAAGAGACCCACGCUUAUCAAGAACAACUCGGAAAAUUGGAAAAGAUUCUUCAUCCGUUGGUUAAAGAAUUAUACUCCGGCGAGGGUGAACAAUCGGAUGGAAAUAGAACCCGGACAGAACUCUGAUAAUACAUUUAUUAUUGCAAAUUUCCAUUUUGUUUAUGUACAUUAUUAGCUCGCCCUGCGUAGCAGAGGAGCUAUUGAAUUCCUCUUGUAAGUCUGUCUGUCUGUUAACGAGUUUUUUGCAUCAAUUGAUGCUAAUAAAUAGGCCCCAUGUGCAAAUUUUAGGAAAUUAGUAGCACCAUUGGUCUCGAACAAGCGGUAACACAAAGUGGUGCCAAACAAUUGAGAAAAUAGAUGCAAAACACACCAAACGUGCAUAAGAACCUAAAGAAAUAACUAGAAUUUCUACUUCGAAUUUGUCAGGAUUUUAUGUCAAAAUUCUGGAUUUAUUUUGCUCGUUUAUUUUCCACCGUUGGUGAAAAAUUAUGUCACAAUUAUGUCACAAUUUGUUAAGUAGAUUUCCAACAGUCACGAGUCCACGCUU